AGCUGUAGGUGUACCCAGGAUCAAAGCCCAUUUUUCCUUACUGACCCAUUGUGGAAAGGUUGAUCCUGCCCAUGUCUUCCCUUUUCGAGUCAUAUGAAAAACAAUAUGGAAACCUCACGUCAGAGAUUACUCUUAAUUUAGGGAGAAUACCACUGCUUGAAAAUGGCGAUCGGCAGAAGCUUGUUCGUGACACUUCCAUACUUUUUGACGAAAUUCGUGAUUUGUUUGAGCAGAUGUCGUUAGAAAUACAAGAGCUCGCCCAUCCGACUAAGGAUAAGUGCUUAACAAUGCUUGAGUGUUUUAAGGCGGAGCAUGAAAAGCUAAAGACGGAGUUCGGACCCAAUGCACGCACGCCAACCCUCGGACUCCUGCGACGUGUGUUGUUUGCGCGCCAGGGGUGUGGAUGGAAGAAGAGGAGGGGUGGCCAAGCAAUGACUUGGUGGAAAGAUUACAAGGCCCUCACUUCAAAGCUUGCCUCGGUUGGAACGUCUCGACUCCCUGGUUCGGGUCCGAAAGGCGAUUAACAUGUUUGGUUGGAUACACUUGCUGAUAUGGCUGGUAGCCGACCUCAUUGGCGUUCGUGCUCAACGCCCUCGCUAUGCACCGCAUGCCAAGACCCAGAGCAAAAAUCUACCCCUAGACGACGAUGAAGGCUUACGCGAAGAAGUUUUAUACGAUUCCGAUAUGCGGGCGCGACUCUUGGACAACACAGAGCGCAUUGCUCGCUCUACAAAUCGCUUGGAAGAUGGUGUCCGAGUUGCUCUCCAAACUGAAGAAAUUGGUAGUCAUAUUCUCAGCGACCUUGGGGAACAGCGGGAGAAGUUGCAACGCAGCCGUAAUCGCCUCCGACAGGCAGAUGCUGAUCUAACCAAGAGCUCUCGCAUUUUGACGCAGAUGACUCGCCGUAUAUUCCAAAAUCGUAUCGUUUUGAUGGGGACCAUCCUCCUACUGAUUCUGAUCUUUGUUGUCACCAUCUACCUGACCGUCAGGCAACCAUCCUCUUCAGUCACUCCCGCUGCAGUUAUGCCACUCCCCGAAGCCUCAGCUGUGAAGUCAAAUUCCAAUGCCGCCGGUGAUAAUUCAGUCGUUGGUGCUGAACAUUCCAGAAGCAAGCGAUCAUUGCUUCUGGCCGGGAUGUUGUUUACCUGAUAAGUGCUUUCCAUCCGAAUCUCCGACCUAUCCACAACAUACCAUAUACUUCAACUGGGUGAUCGCAUGCUCGUGCUAGAUGUAUGGUUUCGAACGGAACUAUAUGAUCUGUCUCAUCCGGUUGACCUGUCCACCUGACUUAUUCAUCGAGCAUCAUGUUUUUCCCAAGUUAUCUUCUUCCUACUUCAAGACUGUCGUCUUUCUCCUUUUUCUCGAUAUAAACUGCAUUGCCACAUCUCUCUUUCUUCACAUCUCCUCGGCUCUGCUUCAUUGCUGCGUCUCACUUUAUCUUUUGGUCCCUUAAUCAUCGUUUCAUCUACCAUGGGUGUUGGUGUACCGGUUGUCAUCUGAGGCAGUAAGCUGCGGGUUCAUCACCUACAUACUUUGCGCCUACAAACGGUUCACGGUGAAGACAGACGACUGGAAUGGGAAUGGCAUGUGGGGCUAGUUAAUUCGCUAUCGGCAACCUUUUAUUUUCAAGAGAAUUU